AUGAGAGUUUCGCCUGUGUUUGUAGAGCAGCUGCUUCGUGCACAAGUGGAGCAGAACGUUGAUUUCGGUGCCAGACGGCAAACGAUAAACGGAAAAACAUUGCUCGAGUUCUGGUUGCCCAACUUUUACCGCAUCGGUGCCGCUUACUCUCACUUCAGUCACUCAGAGUUCAAUCCGAACGUGAGGUCAUUCGGGGGUCUACCGUUUCCGUGCCGCGUUCAACCGCAUGGUGCUUGUGCCGGAUUCGAAAACCGUCUGGCGACCAACAUCGAUUCAUCAAUUCAAUUCCCACUUCUUGCCAAGUCGGUGAAGACUCGUCGUCCUCUCCCUACCGUUUAA